AUGGCAGGCUACCCUCGGGCUUCGGGCCGGGCUCCAGACCGCAGGAGGGCCGAGCCGUCCGGCGGAGUCGGCGGAGGCCGCCGCCCCCAUCCGCCCCGCGGGGGCUGGAGUGGCGGUGGCCAGCCAGGCACCCCCCAGCAGACGGGCAGCUCCUCCUACACCCAGGACGCGGUGGCCAUGGCGGAGCUGGUCGUGAGAAGCGUCGCCGCCUCGAGAACCGCCGCCGCCGACCGCUUGGUGCACGACCUCGUGCAGGGGCAGGGUUUCAGCCACGCCGCAACCAGGGCGUUCUACCUGAUGGUGAUGCGCCAGAGCGCCACCAUGAACUGCCCUCAGGCGGCGACGUGGUGUCUAGACCAUCUGCAGCGCAAUGGCCACGAGCUGGACCGGGGCAUGAUCAACACCGUGAUCAACACGCACGCGAGGAUUGGCGACAUAGGCGCCGCCGAGCGGUAUUGGCAGGUCAUGCAAGCCGCCGGCCUCACGCCGAACAUCGUGACCUUUAACACGAUGGUGAACGCCUGCGCCCAGGGUCGCGAUGCGGAGCGCGCGGAGUGGUGGUUUCACAAUCUGUUGGCUUUCAGAAUGAGGCCCAACCGCAUCAGCUACGGCACAGUCAUAGGCGCCUACGCCAAGGUCGGCGACGUUCGGCGUGCCGAAUUGUGGGCAGACAGGAUGAGCGAGGCGGGGAUCUUGCCGGACGAGGUGGUGUUCAACUCCCUCAUCAACGCAUGCGCGAAGGCUGGCAUGCAGCAGAAGGCCGAGAAGUUCCUCAGGACGAUGCUGUCUCGAGACAUAUUGCCCAACCAGAAGACAUACAACAGCCUCAUUCAGGUAUGCAUCAACUCUGGCGACCUGUCGGUAGCGGAGUCGUGGUUCUAUGCCAUGAAAGACGCAGGCUGCCUUGCAGACGUGAUCACCUUCAGCUCGAUGAUCUACGUGGCCGCGAAGGCAGGCAACGCGCUGAGGGCGGAGCACUGGAUGCGGCAGAUGGUCUCUCAGAACAUAACCCCCAACGUCGUGUGCUUCAACACGCUGCUGCACGCCUUUGCCCGCAGAGGAGCCUACAAGCGCGCCGUCGAAUGGGAGUCGCGGAUGCGGCGGCGCAACGUGGGUACCAACGACAUCACGUUCAACACCAUGAUACACGCGAGCCUCACGGGCGGCAGGCAGGUGGACACAGAGCAGUGGCUGCAGCGCAUGAUCCAGUCGGGGUUCCACCCCGACAACUUCACCCUGGCGACGCUCUCGCGGAAUAUCCCCCUGGGCGCGCGCCGCAGCGCUUCGGAGGAGGAGACCACGACCGUGUCUCUGGAGUGGGCGUACGAGGUCAUUGCGCGCGCCUACGAGGAGGCGGGCGACCCGCGCCGCGCGGGGACCUGGCGCGACCGUGCGCGCGGCGCCCCCGGCCGCGCGGAGGGCGCCGCGGCGGCGUGGCCAGGCGAGGAGGGCGGCCUCGCGGACUCGCCGCGGCAGCCGCCGGCCCUGCAGGGGCCCAGGAGCGGCGCGCGCUGGGGUGCAGCGGCCAGCGGCGUUCGGGGCCCGCCAGGCGACGCGGCCUCUGCCUCGGCCACCGCGGCGGCCGGCCUCGGCAGCCCCGGGCCGCGGCCGCGGGGGCCCUACCCCGCCGUUUUCGCCCCGGGCGCCUGGGAGCCGCGGCCAGAGGAGGUGCCGUACAUGGUCUACCCGCCGCUGUGGGAGGCGCAGGUGGAGCAUCGCAGCUGGCCGAGCCGCGACUCCGCGAUGGCCUGCCGCCCGCUCGCAGAGCCGCCUUGGGACGACCAGCAGCCUCCCCUUGAGCGGCCCGGCUGGCGCCAACUCGGCGUGGCCGACGGUCCGCCCGACGCCUCCCAGCCAGAGCAGGACGCCUCCCUCGCUGACAGAGGGAGCGUCGGCUACAGCCUGUUUGGCGAGAGGGCGAGCGAUUCGUGGUGGACGGCCAGCAGCGGAGAGCGCCCUGUUUGCGGCGUGGAUUCUCUGGCCAGAGAGAGAGGGUAUUGA